CAAAUGCUGAAAAAAAAUUAUAAUACAAAUAUUGCUGUAACAUAAUUUUCCUAAUAGUCAUGUAUUUAUAAAUAAAAAAGCAAACGUCCAUUUCAUAACACAAAAUUGAAAAAAGAAAAAAAAAAGAAUAUGGUAUGUUUUGAUUUGAACCAAAGAAAUAUGAAAGACUAAGAUUUGCUAGCUUUUUUAGGCUUGACUUUGGGAUCCAAUUAUAAUUUUGUACGUACUUCUGUUUGAAAUCGAUAAAGGCUAAGAUUUUGUGAUUAUUCGAGAAUUUGUGAUUGUUCCCAAAAUUGUAGGUGUAAUUGAGUUGUGAUCUUCCAAAUUCCCACACAAAUAAAUUAAAAGUAUAAUAUUUUGGGAGGGGAAUAUAUAUAAAAAAGCAAUGAAUCCUACAUAUGAAUUAGCAUAUAAUAAGUUUCUCACUUUGAGAUAUAGAAGUAAGACCUUAUUGAAAUCAAUCCAAGCAUGAGCUCAUCAUAUCUUCUAAGGUGUUGAAUUAUUUAUAAAAUUUACAUAACUUUUCUGUUGAUUCAGGUUAAAUAAAGUAAAAGAAAAUAUUAUUGACAUAUAAACUAUGCUUUAUUGUUGAUAUUGGAAGAGAAAUUAUUUGAUGGUAAAGGAAAUAAUUUUCUACGUGGAGGAGCUAUCGUCGUUUUAGGUAGGUUUGAUCAUUUUAGGAAAACAGUUAAUAGCUGGAAAAGACGAGAAUUUUUUAACGAUAAGUUAAUUAAAUUUUCAGUGGCAUUGGGUUGUAAAUAUUGUGCAAUUCUAAAGGUAUUUUUAACGUGUACUUUUGUUUUAAUAAAGUAGAUUAACAUAUAUAAUCCGAAAUGGAAUUUAACAACCAAUGUUUUUUAAACCGGACUUGCAAGUGAACCAUAAAAGUUUUGGGUCAUGGAUCAAUAUGGUUUGACUGGUUCAAUUUGGUUUUCAGUUUAUUGAUAUGUUGUAAAUAAUAUAGGUAUUCUUUUUAAUGAUAUGUUGUAAGUAAUAUACUUAUUCUUAAAAAAAUCAUAUCAAAUAAAAUGUUUCGGCAACCAAAAUGUUUUACAAAAACAUCAAAAAACAAAAAAAAAUUAAAAUGUAACAAGAAUUUAUAAAAUAAUUUAAUAGUUCAAAUCUAAAAUCAAUACGAAAAUACAUUUAAACUUCAUUCUCCGGAUCAUAACUCUUCUUCACCUUUAAAAAAAUCAUGUAAACUAAGUUUUUAUUUACUUGUGCAUUAAGAAGCAAGAGUAAGUAUAAUGCUUUGUUUUACUUUGUGUUUUCUUAAUAUAUGUACAAAAUCCUUAAAAACAACUUAAAGUAAUAGAAUAGGUAACGUGGUGUUCAAACCCGGCCCUCUAAAUUAAGAACCGGAAGCAACAACAAAAUUUGGGCCUAUUAAUUAAUAGUAGUAGCUUUAAAAGAAAAUAUUCAAACAUGGUGAAAGAAGUUCAAACCUUAAACGUUAAACCUGUCAUAGAUAAACCAACAAAAAUUGUAAAGGCCUGGAAACAGCUGCUUCUGAAUCGUGUACCAAAUGCUAGUACUGGACUUGUCUAAACUCUAUUAAUGUUAGUUUAGCCGAUGGUGUAAAACUCGUUGUUGAGCUUCAGUAUCUAACUCUAUUAAUGAUAGUUUAUAUCAAGAUCGAACUAAUUCAAAACUUUGCCAUGAACUACUUUCUUGAUAUAAGAAGACAAACAUUUCUGACAUGGUAAAAUAACACAUGAUUUAGAUUUUAGACAAACACAAAACUUUCUAUUUAUGACUGCUCAAAUUAUUUAUGUCAUCAACUAAAGAGAUGGAAAAGUUUUAUAAAAUGAAACCAACAGAUAUCAUUGGUCAAAGAUUCAACCCCAAAUUCAAAGUCACUCAUCACCACGCCAAAAACUCUGAUUGGACCAGACAAAAAGUAUAGUGCAAGAUGGAGGGCGCGUGAGAAGGAGAAGAAUUUUCAUGAAUUUAGAGCAUGUUUAUUGCUGUAUCUUAACAGCAUAUCUUACAUUAAAUGUAAUUAAAAGAAUUAAACCAAAAAUGAAAAGCAGAAAACGCGUCUCUUAAUUAAGAACAAUAAGACACGGUCCCUUAGGGGCACGUGUCACGCCUCAGUUUGGCAGAGGAUAGGUGGAGACCUUGGUCCCGUCUCAUUUGUCGCGUCUGUUUCUCUUUCUCUCCGUCUUGAUUCUCUCCGAGGCGAGAAGACGAUCUCUCAUUGUAUCGGCGGUGAAGUUUCUGUCGGUGACUCUCGUGGACGAAGGAAGACGGCGGGUCUCUUUCCGGUGCUUUCCUCCACCCAGGAAGCCGGGGACCUCUCUAUCUUGGUGGUUCUCUGAGGCGAAGACCAAACGGUGAAUCUCAAUCGACUGCUCCGCCGAAUCGAAAGAUUGAUAUAUCAAGAGGCGUGAUGAAGGGGUUAAGGGACGAUGAAGAAACUCGACACUGAUGGUUCCAGUUGUGCAUCAAGAGGCAAGAUGAAGGUUAAGGGACGAUGAAGAAACUGGAGACUGAUGGUUCCGAUUGUUCAUCAAGACUGGAGCGUAAUGAAGACCACAUGACUGAAGAAUCCUCCACUCUGACCACAGGAAAGAAAGCUAAACGAUUGUUCAUCAAGGUGUGUGUUCACAGCAUGGAGCAUUGGGAGUCCGUGUGUGCUGACUUCUUGUGUCACGAAAAUAAGGGCAUAGCUGGUACUCUUGUGUUGCUGUCUUCUUGUGUCACGUUAUUUAUGUUGUUGCUGUCUUCUUGUGUCACGAGUUUUGAUUAUCAGAGCAUUUUUGGCUCUUGUUGUUGUACCCUUGUCAUGUAUGUCUUCUUGUGUCAAGUUAUAUAUGUGUGUCAAGUAUGUACUUUUUUAUAAAUUUCAGAUACAAUACUUCUCUUUAUAUAUCUGAAACAAUCACUAAACUUUCUCACAUUCAACUCUCUCAUAUCUUUCUCCUCAUCAUUCUCGUUUAUCAUUCUUCUCUUUACCAUUAACCAAUCAUUAAACAAUCAUUCUUCUCUUUAUCAUUCUCGUCUCACAUCCUUCUCACCAUUCUCUUCGCUUAUCAUUCUCGUUUAUCACCAUUCGCUUAUCAUUAACCAAUCACUAAACAAUCACUCUUCUCACCAAAUAAACCUCUCAUGGCAUCUUCUUCACAUCACAAUUUCGACCGAUCACUUGAUGAAGCUUUUGACGAAGCUUUUGAUGAAUAUUUCGAUAAAGCUUUUGAAAAUUUGUGUAAUGUGAAUGGAGAUCAAGAAGCUGAAAGGAAGACAAGAAAAAAACGAGUUUUUAUCGAACGCAAUCGUGAAGAAGGCCAUAUCCGGUUGUGGAAUGAUUAUUUCAGUGACACUCCAACAUAUCCUGAAAAUCUAUUCCGACGACGAUUUAGAAUGAACAAGCCAUUGUUCAUGCGUAUUGUUGAUCGUCUCUCCAAUGAAGUUACAUUCUUUCGUCAAAAGAAGGACUGUAUCAGAAGGCUUGGUCUCUCUACACUUCAAAAGUGUACAGCAGCUAUUCGUGUGUUGGCAUAUGGUUCUGCGCUUGAUGCGGUCGACGAAUACCUCAGGCUCGGUUCAACCACUACUCGGUUAUGUGUGGAAAAUUUUGUGGAAGCAAUAACAAAUUUGUUCGGCGAUGAGUACCUAAGAAGACCAACACCAGAUGAUCUUCAACGUCUUCUUCAUAUUGGAGAGCUUCGUGGAUUUACCGGAAUGAUAGGAAGCAUCGAUUGUAUGCAUUGGGAGUGGAAGAAUUGUCCCACCGCUUGGAAAGGGCAAUAUUCUCGUGGCUCGGGCAAACCCACAAUUGUUUUAGAGGCGGUUGCUUCAUAUGAUCUCUGGAUAUGGCAUGCGUUUUUUGGACCUCCAGGUACCUUAAAUGAUAUUAAUGUUCUUGAUCGCUCACCUGUUUUUGAUGACAUAAUAAAUGGUCGAGCUCCGCAAGUGAAUUUCUCGGUCAACGGAAACGAGUAUAAUUUGGCUUACUAUCUCACCGAUGGUAUUUAUCCGAAAUGGGCAACUUUUAUCCAAUCUAUUCCAAUUCCACAAGGGCCGAAAGCAGUUUUUUUGCUCAACGUCAAGAAGCUGCCAGAAAAGAUGUCGAGCGUGCUUUCGGAGUCUUACAAGCUCGAUUUGCCAUUGUUAAAAUUCCGGCACUUUCUUGGGAUAAAGUCAAGAUUGGAAAGAUUAUGAGAGCGUGUAUCAUACUCCAUAAUAUGAUAGUAGAAGACGAACGAGAUGAAUACACUCAAUAUGAUGUUUCGGAUUUCCAACAAAGAGAAGGCAGCGGAAGUUCACAUGUCGAUCUCACAUAUUCGACAGAUAUCCCAACAAAUAUCGCCAAUCAGAUGGGUGUUCGAACCAGAAUUCGUGAUAGACAAGCACAUCAACAACUGAAAGGUGAUUUGGUUGAACAUAUAUGGCGUAAAUUUGGACAUGAUCAAGACAACAACUGAGCUUCGAUGCCUCUUUCAAAUUAUUAUCGUUUUUAAGUAAUCUUUGUUUUAUGUUUUUAUGCUUUAAUGUUUUUAUUUUAAAAUUUAUGUUUCAAAUAAUAUGCUUAACUUUGUUUUUUUAAAAAUAAAAUUAUGUUUAAUAAUUUUUUAUUUUUAAGAAUCUCUAAUUAAGAUACUACCAAUAAACCACUAACAUUAAGGAUCUCUUAACAAAGUAGCUUAACUUCACUUAAAUACUAAAAAAAAUCAUUAAGAGCCCUUGAGUGGGGUUUACCAAUAAACAUGCUCUUAGUGCCAGUCUUUGUAUAAAAAAGCUGACGUGUCAAGUUCAUGCUGUCCCGUCGUUUGCUGCUAAUUAAUUAAUAUUU